GAACAAUUCAGCUUCUUCUUCUUCUUUACUCCUCCUUCACUUUGCCAUUUCUUCGCCCGCUUCGCAUCACGACUGUCUUUUCUCCGCGGAAUCGUCCAACAGUAAGCAGGACAAGCGGCGACAGAAAUGGCCGGCUGGGAACUGCUGGGCCGCCUGCUGGACAAAGUGCAGAGUCACUCCACGGUGAUCGGGAAGGUCUGGCUCACAGUGCUGUUCGUGUUCCGCAUCCUAGUCCUGACCACUGGUGCUGAUAAGGUGUGGGGCGACGAGCAAGCCGAGUUUGUGUGCAACACUCAGCAGCCCGGGUGUGAGAACGUCUGCUACGAUCUCGCCUUCCCCAUCUCUCACGUUCGCUUUUGGUUUCUCCAGAUCAUCGCCAUCGCGACGCCAAAGCUGCUCUACCUUGGCCACGUCCUUCAUGUGCUCCACAUUGAGAAGAAGGUGAAGGAGAGGAUGAAGAAGCAGGCAGAGUUGGAUGAUCAGGCCGGCCUGUACCUCGGUAAGGCCUACAAACUCCCCAAGUACACCAAGAGCAGUGGCAAGAUCAGCAUCCGUGGCCGCCUCCUACGCAGUUACGUCCUCCAUCUUUUGGCCAAAAUAAUCCUAGAGGUUGCUUUUCUCGUGGGUCAGUACUUUCUGUUCGGAUUCACCCUCGAGACACGCUACAUCUGCACCCGCUUCCCCUGCCCUCACGAGGUGGACUGCUUCCUCUCCAGGCCGACAGAGAAAUCGGUCAUCAUCUGGUUCAUGCUGGUGGCGACGGUGAUCUCCCUUGCCCUCUGCCUAUUGGAGCUGCUCUAUCUGUGUGUGAGGGCUGUGAAGGAGUGCAUGGCGAGGAGGCAGGACUACACCGUGACCCCAGUGACUCCGCCGUUCUCGGAGCGUAAAGUGUUCAAAAGCCGCAACGAGAUGAACCAGAACUGUGUCAACCUGGAGCUGGAGAGACAAAUGGUGGGGGUGAAUGGGGCCAAAGGUGGGGUGAGCAAGGUCGCAAAGACUGGACCAUCUGAGAGUGAUGUGGGGGAGGUCCACAUCUGAAGCUGGGGGUCGGUGAUUGGUUGUUCUAGAAGAGUUUCAGUGUUUGUGUACUUGGCUUUAGAGAGGAAAGACCUGUGUUUUUCUAUGAUAAAUAGUGGUGGAGGGUGGGAAGUAGCCAGCUGCUGUAAACAUGCCAAAUGUUACUCAAAAUAACUUUAAGUGACCUUUUUGACACAAUACACAAACAAAAAGACAUUUUAAAGACUGUAGAAUAGAUCUAUGAACAAUUUUAGGAUGAUUUAAGACAGUUUGAUGUAAACAUUUUUGAUUCAAUAAACCCCGUCAUAUACAGAA